AUGUGUAAGUUGAAGAACGAGGGUGGAUUUGGAUUCAGAGACUUGGAAUCUUUUAAUAUGGCUAUGCUUACAAAGCAAGCGUGGCGAAUCUUUACCUGUCCGAAUCUUCUUCUCUCUCGAAUAAUCAAAGCAAAAUAUUUCCCCCAAGGUUACAUCUUAUCGGCAAAUAUUGGGUCUAGACCAUCAGCAACUUGGAGGAGUAUUUUUAAAGUUAUUCCUUACCUUAGGGCGGGAAUUCGGCGAAGGAUUGGCAAUGGAGUUGGCACAUCAAUUUGGGCGGAUCCGUGGCUUAAAGACGGAGGAAGCGGUAGAGUGUUUACUACACGGUCGGUGUCCACAGCAUUCCCAAAUCGGGUGGCGGAUUUAAUCAAUCCUUCUUCGAAGACUUGGGACCUCGAUAUCAUCAAAGAGGUUUUUUGGCCGAUUGAUCAAGAACGUAUUUUGGCAAUUCCGAUAGGCAACCUUCACGCUAUGCAUAGAUGGCUUGAGGAUCCACUUCAUGUUAUUACUGAAUGCAGGGGCAUGGAUAGGGUCUGGAGGUCGCAGCCGUUUGUCGAACUCCCAGCCUCAAGCUAUCAAUCUCCGUGGGAUUUGAUGGAAAAACUGAAGAAAUACUUGAGCUCGAGUAAAUUCCAAUUGGCAACUAUAAUUGCUUGGAAAGCGUGGGAUAAUAGGAACAAAGAAAAGAUUGGUGAAACGGGAAUCCCAGCUGGAGAGUUAACAAGUUGGGGUCAAGCCUUUUUGGAAACUUUUAAGGAAGCACAACUGCCGCCUACUGUCAAGCCUAUGAUUGCUCAUCCCAGGGAAUGGACUCGACCUCCUAGUGGCGUAAUAAAGAUCAAUUUUGAUGCUGCUGUACCUAGAGGCGAAUUGUAUUUUUCUAUUGCUGCUAUUGCUCGAGACAAUGGAGGUGAUUGUGUUGGUUGGAAAGUCGAGAGCUUCCGAGGGAGUUUACUGCCAGUGGAGUGUGAAGCAAAGGCGGCUUUGCUUGCGAUCAAUAUGGCGAAAGCAAAGGGUUGGGAGUCGGUUAUAAUUGAAGGCGAUUAUCUCCAAAUCAUAAGUGCUCUUCGUGCUCAAGAACGGGAUGCCUCGUCUUUCGGUGCUAUAUUAGAAGAUUGUCUAAAUAUUGCUAAAUCGUUUCAGUAUUGUGUUUUUAAUUUUGUUAAGCGUUCUGGUAAUCGAUUAGCUCACCACUUGGCUAAACAUUUGGCCAUGGACUGUAAAGAAGGUGAUGACUUGCCUGUUUUUUUGGCAGAUAUAAUCUAA